UGCUCACUGCAGCGUACAAACAGAGGAGCGCCCCACAUACAGUACACUAACGGGAAGCUGGGCUUGAGUACACAUUGUUAUCAGUUCUACUGUUAAGCUGCAGAGAUGCAAAACAGCAAAUUUCACCGGUGGAGAACUCCUUGAUUUACUCAAAAGAAGCAACAGCGAGAGGAGUGAAGACGAGAAAAACCUUCAACACUCUGGAGACACAGACUGGAGAGUGAUAUGGCCGACUUCGUGCCGGGACUACUCAUUUGUUUGAUGGCAGUGCAGACCAUUCAGCAUAAUGGAAAUAGAACCAGGACCAAAAUCGAUAUUCCACCAGGUGCGAUACCAAAGACCUUCAAGGGGUACAAACCUAACGUCACCAGCCGGCUGCUCUAUCCCAGCACAAACCCUCGGCUGUAUGUGAACACAGAGGACCCGGUGACAGCCUACACCACAGGGGUCCUGAGCACCAGGGUCAUUCCUUCAUCAUACAUCCUGGCCAUGCUGGUGGGUAUCCCCUCCAACGCCUACAUUCUGGCCUUCCUCAGACUCAGAGCAAAGUCCUUGUCCACAUUAGUUCUUUACCUGAACCUGGCCCUGUCUGACCUGCUGCUGCUGCUCUCCCUGGCGCUGCGUGUUCACUACCACUUCAACGGGAACAACUGGAUAUUUGGGGAAAUCUCCUGCCGGCUGAUCACGGCCUUGUUUUACGGCAACGUUUACAGCUCGGCUCAAACUAUAGCGUGCAUCAGUGUGAAGCGCUACCUGGCUGUGGUCAGACCGUUUCUGUACAGAAGGCUGGCUAAGACUACGCUGGCAGUGUGGACGUGCUUCGUUGUCUGGUUCCUGUUCGGGGCUGCCGUUGUGCCCGAGCUGCUGGUCAGGCAGAGCUACCAGGUGACCCAGCUGGGAGUCACCACCUGCCAUGAUGUGCUUCCCCUAGAAGAAAAAUCCCAUUCCCCACUGGUGCCAUACAGGCUGAUGCUCGUGUGUCUGGGCUUCAUAGUGCCCUUCCUGAUUUGUAUCUAUGCCCAUGUGGCAGUGGUAUACCACCUAGGGCAAUCUCGCUGUGACUGGAAACCCUUUAUCCGGGUCAGCACUGUGGUGUUCAUCAUCUUUGUGGUGUGUUUCUUGCCAAGCGGCAUCCUGCAUAUCGCCCACUACAUCCGCCUGUCUUCUGGUGGGGACGACAGACUGUAUGGAUACUACAGAGUAGCGGUGUGUCUCUGCUGCUUCCACAGUUGUCUGGAUCCCUUCCUGUGUAUGCUCAUUUCCAAGACGGGAGCCUCAGAACUACAAUUCAUCUCCCUCCGCGGGAUACCUCAAAGGCCCACUGUUAUGACGUGAGACUGGAGGUGUGUGUGUGUGUGCACAGAAAAAAGCUUCUCCUUGCUGGACCAUUGUUGGGAACCAGCAGGGAAGCACAAGCCCAGACAACAAAGAGGGGAAUGUUAAAACGGGACACUGUAAAUUUAACAGGGUGACACUGCAGUCUCUGUUAGAUUCAAAACAACAACAAGCUCUGUGAAGUCAGCUGUAGGAAUAUGAGGAUCAGGACGGGAACAAUCAGACUGUGACUCCUACACAAGCCCAUCAUGUCAACCCAACUAAAUCUCUAAUUGGGAAACUGUUGGCUUGAUGACACAGAAUCAUGUUGACAACAAAAACCUUUUUCUUUGCCGUGUUACAAGUCAGAAUUAAAUAAAAAAACAAAACGUUUUUUACAUAAACAUUUACUCUUGCCCUUCCAGUUUUUACUUACAUGUAUAAUAUGUACACACUGUAAAGUUCAAGUAUGCAGUAAUGUAAAAUGAGCCACAUCAGGGAUGAGAGGCUGCAGUAUAAAUCCAAUAAAACUAGUGAUUAGAAUGAGA